ACAAUUUAUGAUUUGGCAUAUUAUAGAUAUGUCUCGCAUGUGGACCGCCUUGAUGUUAGAAGCUGCAGAUGCCGAAGCUAAAAAGAUGUCUCGGCAGCGUAUGCUUCUACAAAGAUUAAAGAAUCGCGAACGGUUACUCCAAAAAAUUCCGGAGUGGCAGUUUAGAGCUCAUUACAGGCUGAAUAAGGAAGAGUUCCACUCGUUGUGUGACGAGCUCAGGCACAAUACCAGUUUAAAAGGUUCGAAAACAACUUCACUGGAACUUAAGGUGCUGACAGCAUUGAGCUUUUAUGCCAUGGGUUCAUAUCAGAAAGGUGUUGCUAAUGAGGUACAUAUGAAUCAAAAAAGUGUAAGUCGGUGUAUCAGAGAGGUGACAAAAGCUCUGAAUGAGAUUACAAAUAAAUGGAUACAAUUCUCACAAACAAGCACACAAAGAACUAAAAUUAAACAAGGGUAUGUGACAGUGAUCUCAGAAUCACUAAUGUUAAUGCCAAGUUUGGUGGUGCAAGUCACAACAGUCAUAUCUGGGCAAGUAGCAGACUGCAAAGCCAUAUGGAGGCUCUGCAACUAUCUGGUGACAGUGGUUACCCUCAAAGGAGCUACCUUAUGACACCUAUUCUGAAUGCAGAACCAGGAUCUAGAGGAGAGAACUACACUAGAGUGCAUGUCAAGGCCCGAAACUGCAUAGAAAGGGCAUUUGGUUAAAUAUAGAUUUUGAUAUUUGUUAGGUCAGCGUAUCCUUUAUUAUCAGCAUAACAUGCUCAUAGAUUCAAGAGGAACUCCUACAGAUGAUGCAGAAGUAAUUUUGUCCACUGCUCUUACACAACCAACUGUUGUUGAAAACGGGCUGGAUGUGAUUGUGG